UCUCACCAUCAUGACACAUCUGUCAGAAUAGUAUGUGCCAUAACUUGUAGUUCAAGAGGACAUAUAUCAUCGCCAUUGUCGGUACUCCCCUCUCAUUCCACCAGGUGACCCACACCCAUCAUCAAGAAUGUCUCAACCUACCCUCAACUUCAGCAGACACAGCGAAGCCGCGGCACGUCUUUACCUCCAGCACUGGAUGAUCUUAGACCAGCUCUCCUCCCUUCUCGACCCCUCAAUCCCGCUGGAAGGUUCAUUGAAAAUAGUAGACAUUGCGUGUGGGACUGGGAUCUGGCUCUUAGAUCUAGCCAAACACCUCCCUCCCACAGCUGAACUCCACGGCUUCGACAUCUCGUCCGCGCAUUUCCCCACCCCGCGCGAACUUCCCGCCAAUGUCGUCCUCGACACGUGGGACGCCCUCGGCCCGGUGCCCGAGCACCUGCACGGCCAAUAUGACCUCGUCCACUGCCGGGGGAUGAUGCUCUACAUCCAAGGAGGGGACCCGAGCCGCCUCCUUGCUAAUUUGGCGUUACUGCUAAAACCGCGGGGGUGGCUCCAGUGGGAGGAACUGGACGUUGUCAACAUGUACAUGCGGGGUGAUGACACCGCCACCAAAUAUCCGAACUGCGCGAAGUACCUCGAGUAUGGGAAAAGAUGGCUGGAGAAUGUGGGGAUAAGAGGCGGAUGGGUCAGUCAGAUGGGGGCAUUCAUGUCCCAACACAACAUGGAGGUGGUGAAGGAGCGUCGCCAGGUUAUCACUCCGGGGAUGGAAAAACCGUGGACGACAAUGCAGGUCAUGGCGACGAGGGAUUUCAUUGAGAAUGAUAUCAUUCCGACCUGUGGUGCUGUGGGAGAGGGUGGGAUUUCGCCGGAGGAAUGGUCGGAGAUCUUGCGGGAGUUUCCGCGGGAAUGUCAGGAGGGCGCGAGGGUGCUGCUGGAUAUUGUCUAUGUUGUAGCGAAGAAGGGUUGAGCUGAGAGGAGUUGGGAAUGGGAGGCUGU